CUUUGCAUGCUGUCGGUUAGUUAUUUCUGGGCACGAAUUGUGCACAACAUUUUACAAGUACCGUACCAGUCAGUUUCUCUCUCUCUACGGUUAAUUAUUAUGUAACUCCAGUUAGAUUACCUUUCUCUCUGUCUGAACAAUAUUAAGAGGAGCUAUGGAUGGCACGAUUGAAGGUUAAAUUUGCAAUGCACACAUGGGCAAGUACAACCUAUUGACCGGUUUGACUAAAGAAAUGUGUUUGUGAUAGAUACACAUUCGCUGCUCGUUUGUACGUAAAUAUGUAUAUAUUUGAAGCAUUGAAAUAACGUUUAUAAAAAUUAUCAUUAUUCCAGUCUUUACGCGUAGGUUAUUGACUACUGUAAAAAAUGUGACUUCUUUCACAUGUCUGAAUCUCUCUCUGAAUAAAUCAUUUUGUGGAUUAACCUAAGGAUUUCAUCCAUUCUGCAAUGUGGUGGUUAUAGCGUUAUAACUUCUUAUUUUCUUCAUAAAGUUAUAUUUAUUUUAUUUAUUGGAAUUAGAGUUAAGCAAUAGUUUUGAAAUGAAAAGUGCAAGAGACAGAAAUAUUGAAGAUGUUUUGCUUUAUAUCCCAAACUUGAUCGCCUAUUUUCUCAUCUUGUACUGCAUAUCAAUUUCGCUCGACUUGUUUGAUGGGUGGUCAGCAAGGAAAUUUAAUCAAUGUUCAGCCUUCGGAGCGUGGCUUGAUGUGAUUAUCGACAAUAUGAGCCGAACCUGCAUCUGGACCAACGUAUGCACGUGGAGCUGGAUUAUUGUAUCUAUCGAAUGGACAACCUUUGUCUGCAACCAUCAAGCAGGAGCCAGAUGGAAAGAGGAUAGUUCAAAAACAAGGCCAGAAAUUGAGGUCAUGCCCCCACGUUGGGUGCUCAAAAUUAUGGAAAAUGGGUUCAAAACGCCAUUGGGUACCUGGGUAAUUUUGGGUCUUCAUUGUCUACCAGUCUGGAUAUUUGCAAUGCAGCACGGUCUCACGGAUCAUUUUCUUUCAUACGCUACCAGCGUAAUUGUGUGUCUUCUUCUCCUUGGUGGGCGACUCCUUUGUCUGGGUUGCGAGCUCUGGUGUAUUAAGAAGCACAUUAUCGAACUUCUAAACCAAGAUUUUAAUAAUUGACUGCAAAAACUAUGUAUUUUAUGCCAAACUCUGGACAGACGAAAGCAAUAAAAGGCGAGCUGGAAAUGCUGAGAACCAAAUUUUAAA